AACAAAAAUGCAUUAAAACGACAAACCUAUCUCCCUUUCUCCCACUCCCCAAACCCUCGCCGACAUUCUCCCCCUCCCGCUUUCUGCACAAAACCCUAGCUUAUACUCCUCCCCAUUCCAGUUUCGCCCAAAACCAUCGACUUCUUGUACGAACCUUCGCGAUACGAUCGCCGUCAUAGCUAGCUGGGAAGCCAACGACGGGAUCGCGGCUUCUAGAGACUACCGAAACUCCAAUCUUUCUCAUCCUUCCGGUCCGCUCCUAGCAGAGACCGUUGAGGAAGGAGUUUGGUGCGGCCUUUUUGGUGCAGCCCUAGCUCAAAUCUCUGCUUUCAGAAAUUUACGGAAUAGUAGGGGCAGCAAGCUACCCCGUUGUGAUCUUCUUCUCCGUUGGCCAGUGGAUCCCUAGAUUUUCAGGCAUCUUCUUCCAACUAUUCUAUGGAAUUGCCUAAUCCACUUGCUCCGUCGGCAGCCAUGGAGGUGGAGGGCAGCGGCCUUGCUUCGGAGACGGCUGCACCGUCGCGGCCUCGAUUCGAGGCUAUGAAGCCGCAUGAAUUGAUGGAGGGAAAGAUUCAGUUUCGGAAAGUUCCAGUGCCUUCCCAUCGCUUCUCGCCCUUGAAGAAAUACUGGAUGGAUAUCUACACACCUGUCUAUGAGCAGAUGAAGGUUGACAUACGCAUGAAUCUUAAGUUUCGGAGAGUCGAGUUGAAGACUCGAGUCGACACACCAGAUAUCAGCAACCUCCAGAAAUGCGCCGAUUUCGUUCACGCCUUCAUGCUCGGAUUCGACAUUGCGGACGCGCUCGCUCUCUUGCGUCUGGACGACCUCUAUGUCGACUCCUUCGAGAUCAAGGACGUGAAAACCCUUCGAGGCGAACAUCUCUCACGAGCCAUCGGCAGGCUCUCCGGUAAAGGCGGCAAAACAAAGUUUGCCAUCGAGAACUCUACCAGGACCAGGAUAGUAAUUGCUGAUACCAAGAUACACGUCUUGGGCUCUUUUAUGAAUAUUAAGAUUGCUAGGGACUCUCUGUGUAGCCUUAUUUUGGGAUCUCCUGCUGGCAAAGUUUAUUCUAAACUCAGGGCUGUUACUGCCAGGCUUGCGGAGAAGUAUUGAAAUGAUUUAUUAUUUGCAUUGCAAUAAGUUUUGAUGAAUAAGAUUUAAGAGUUCAUAUUUUUGUUAUAUUUCUUAUUGGCUGCUUAUUUAUGUAUGAUUUAGGAAGUUUUGGAACUUAAAUGUGGACUUGUACAUUUUAUUUCAAUGAGAAUUUGGGCAUCAUUUG